AAUAUGUAAUAAAAUAUCUAGUGCCACAUUUACAUAUACAUACAUGUAUCUAGAUUCUCUGGUUUUGGAUAAAAUCAAAAACAUAAACAUUGGAGUGAGUGAGAAACAAACUCAACAACCUUCUACACACACAACACAAACAUAAUAGAAAGAGAAAAAAAGAUCAAAGUGUUGUUCACUUCACAUUCACGAGCUAACUAUCACACCGCCCAUGUUCUUCUGCAACAUCAACCACUUCUUCAGAUUUUAGUUGGUGAACCUUUUUCACGUGUCUUAACAACAAUAAUAACAUCAAUAACAAUCAUAAAAACUUGUUUUUUUUUUCUUGUAAAAAAAAAAAUUGUUCAGUUUUCUAAAACCAUAAUCUAACACCAACCCACGUUUUCUUUUUCAAAGAUCUGAUAUGGGUUUUUGAAGUUUGAAUGAGAGUUAAAUUUUCUUAUGUUGGUAUGUUGAUAAAUUGAAAAAAGGUGAUAUUUUUGGUUUUUUAAAAAAAACAAAGUUGAAGAAAAAUGGAUCCUACUAUGAACCAUGUUGGACAUGGAGGAAUGGAUAUACAGAUUAUGCAUGAGAGUGAUAGAUAUGAGCUUGUACGUGAUAUUGGUUCUGGGAAUUUUGGAGUGGCUAGGCUUAUGAGAGAUAAACACACUAAUCAACUUGUUGCUGUCAAGUAUAUUGAGAGAGGUGAUAAGAUAGAUGAAAAUGUACAAAGGGAAAUUAUAAAUCAUAGAUCACUGAGGCAUCCCAAUAUUGUCAGGUUCAAGGAGGUCAUACUUACCCCUACACAUUUAGCUAUUGUGAUGGAAUAUGCUUCCGGAGGAGAGCUAUUUGAGCGAAUAUGCAAUGCAGGACGGUUCAGCGAGGAUGAGGCACGGUUUUUCUUCCAACAACUUAUAUCAGGGGUUAGCUACUGUCAUGCAAUGCAAGUAUGCCAUCGUGAUUUGAAGUUGGAGAAUACAUUGCUUGAUGGUAGUCCGGCUCCCCGUUUGAAGAUUUGUGAUUUUGGGUAUUCAAAGUCAUCAGUGCUACAUUCACAACCAAAAUCUACGGUCGGUACCCCUGCUUAUAUCGCUCCUGAAGUUUUGCUCAAAAAGGAAUACGAUGGCAAGAUUGCAGAUGUGUGGUCUUGCGGGGUGACCUUAUAUGUCAUGUUGGUGGGUGCGUAUCCUUUCGAGGAUCCGGAGGAGCCUAAAAAUUUCCGGAAGACUAUUCAUAGGAUUUUGAAAGUCCAAUACUCAAUACCUGAUUAUGUUCAAAUAUCUCCCGAGUGCCGUCAUCUGAUCUCAAGGAUCUUCGUUGGAGACCCUGCACAGAGAAUAAGCAUGCCGGAGAUUCGAAACCAUGAUUGGUUUUUGAAGAACCUUCCAGCUGAUCUUAUCGUGGGGAAUACAACAAGCGAGCAGUUUCAGGAGCCUGAACAACCAAUGCAAACAAUUGAAGAAAUAAUGCAGAUAAUUAGCGAGGCUACUAUUCCAGCAGCCGGAACUCAUCAGUCUCUCACUCAGUAUCUUACUGGUAGCUUGGACAUCGAUGACGAAAUGGACGAGGAUAUAGAUACUGAUCCCGAUCUUGAUAUCGAUAGCAGUGGUGAAAUAGUAUAUGCAAUGUAAGCUGCUAUAGAAAACUAACUUUUAGGGUCAGUGAGCUUUUGAAGUAGCUGGAAGAAAAAGAUACAUCUACAAGGAAGGAUUCUGCAAUGUUGUGUAUAUUUUCUAAGCUGUGAGAGGAUCCUGUUUACAUGAUGCUUUGUAUUUAUUUAUUGAUGUGUGAAUUUGUUAUAUUAUAUGAAGUGAUUGUCUUUCCUUUUCA